AUGGACUUGAUCUCCAUUCUUGCCAAGGAGCUGUCUUCGGACAAGAGGGGCGCGGCUGCGCAUGUGAUCGUGUGCGCGUCCUCGGCCGCCAUGGCCAUGGCCUUCGACGCCGGUGGCCGCCAGCGUCAGAAGGACAUUUGGGUGGGCGACUUGACCGAUGAUGAGGCAGAGCGUUUGCUGGCCCUCCACGGCCACAAGGAGGAUUGGCUGCAAUUCACAGAGGAGUGUGGCUUGCGGGCGCUGGACUUGGUGAGUGCUUGCGAGCGCUACACCGGGCCGGAGAGUCUGGGGACCAUGAAGGCGGACAUGGAGCAGGAGGCCCGCAAGGAGGUGAAGAAGUUCCUGCUGUGCAAAUUCCAGACGCUGGAUGGCAUCAUCCCCGCAGGCUCCAACAUCCUCACGGCCCUCAAGACCAACCGCGACUCAGGGGAUGGCCAGGGCGUCGAUGAGAUGAGCGUCGGCCUGGGCGCAUCGCCAAGAGAUGUCACCAACUGGAUCCGAGAAAAAGAUGCCCAUCCUGUGAUCUGGCACUUGCCAGACAGCAAGUACAGGUUUGCCUCAGAGCUGCAUGCCAAGGUUGCGGCCGAAAUUUUGGACAGCCAGUCCCAAUCAUCUCCGUAG